AUGAAGCCCGUCGAUUACUCUUUGGAAAGAGAUGGUAACCGAAGUGUUCUGUACGAAAUCGAACACUCACGAAUCCCGCCAGUCCCCAGAGGAAAGAAGAUAAAAGGCUCUCCAAAGAUCCUUCACAAGCAUUCCCAGAAUAUGCCAACCUCAGAGAAGCAACACAACCACAACUUCUCUUCACACGCCAUUUCCUUCGUCGUGGUCGAGAGUACAGCGCAUCUGAAGUAG